AUGUGGAGGCCCUGCAUCAUUGCAGUAUGGAUGCUGGCCUGCAAGAAUGUCGAGGCAGUGCGACCUGAGCGAGAGUUCAUCAAGGGGCGUCGCGACAAUGGCCCCAUAGUCAUCGACAAGGCUGAGUUGCAGAGGAUCAGUGAUGCUUUGAAGAACGGGGACUUGGAGACCGCAGCUGCUUCCAAGAUCCAGAUAGGCGGUGGCACACAGGCCGCAGAUGGGGAAAAACAGAUCUCAGAUAGUGGAGACAAAGAGGCCGAGAACGCAGAGUCUCUAGCUCGGGAUCCGACCGGGGACACUCCGAAGACUGAGAGCCCUGCGAAAGACAGCCCAGCCCCUGGGAAGCCAGAGGACAAAGCGAAGGAAUCCAGCAAGGAAAGCAAAGAACAUCAGGCUCAGUUGCAUGUCUCUUUCGAGGAGCUUUCCAAGUCUCACAAUGACAUGGACCGCGUCAUGAAGCAGUACAAGGAGGUUGCAGACAAGGGAGAGCAACGAGCCGCCAAGUUUGUCGAUGUGAUGGGCACUUACCAGACAUCGCUUACUGGCUUGCGCGAGCCACUGCGACGAAUUUCCAGCCAGGUGACGGAGCUUCAAUCCAAGAUCGUCACGAAGUUGGAGGCCGAUGAGAAGGAGCGCAUGGAACCUCUGAAUAGCCUUCAGGAUGAACUGGGACCUUCCGGCAAUGAAUCUGCCAGCCACGAAGGCUGA